AUGUUGUAUUUGAUGAUAUGUUUGAUGUUCAUCAGCACGUUGGCAAAGAGUUCCGAUGACGAUUUCCUUCUUGAUGUUGAAGAGGAUGACUUCGAGUUUGAAGAUGACUUUGAAGACGAAUCAUAUUUGGACGAUUUGGUGGAUGAGUUUGAGCUGUUUGAUGACGACGAUUUUAAUUUGAUUAAAGUUGCAAAGAAAGUGGGUAAAAAAAUAGUAAAGGGAGCUAAAUCACUGCUCGGGAUAAGAAGACAUAAACACUUUUACAGUCAUCUCUUUGGUCAUGGGUAUGGAUAUUCUGGUGCCUAUUUCAGUGCCGAUCGUUACCCAUUCAUUUACAAUCAUCCAAUGUACAAGUGGUAUUGA